AUGCCGUCACUUACACGAUCCAUUGGCUUGCUUGCCCUUCUCACAGCCUUCUCCCAGGCUGCACCCACGCUGGAAAGACGUACAGAUGAUGAGAAGAACUGCAGCAGAGUCCAAGUAGCCAUCCUCGGUGCUGGCCUCGCUGGAAUCACUGCUGCUCAGGCACUGGUUAGUGCGUCCAUCACAAACUUCGUGAUCGUGGAGUACAACAACCGGAUCGGUGGACGAGUUUACAAUCGCGCUUUUGGAAAGAAGCCAGGCAAAAAUGAGUCCUAUUUUGUAGAGCUCGGUGCCAACUGGGUCCAAGGAACGGAAAGUGAAACGGAGGAAAAUCCCAUUCUGACUAUGGUCAAGAAGUACAACUUGACAAAUACGCCAUCCGAUUUCUCCAACGUUACAGCUUUCAAUGAGACCGGCCAAUUGGACUACGGUAACUCAACAAAUAAGUUUGAGGAGCUGAAUGAGUUGUAUGACAAGGCCACCAAAAAGUAUCAGUACGACGCUGGCGAGAUCAUUCUUAAGAACCAGCAAGACCGCAGUGCCCGUUCCGGCCUCGCAAUUGCUGGCUGGAAGCCGGGCAGCGACCCGCUAGCUCAAGCUGUUGAAUGGUCUUCUGUCACGAAACAGGAAUGGUAUCAGCACUUACUUCGAAUACGCCAACCGCCGGAGAAGACAUCGCAGCAGUUCUCCGUGGCCAACACUAAUACAUCAUUCCAGCGCUGGGCUAAUGAAAAUAACCUUGUGCACGACGCUCGAGGGUUUGGCACAUUCUUCAGAGAGGAGGCGAAGUUAUUCCUGGACGAGAGCACCCAGUUGAGGCUCGGUACAGUUGUACAAAACAUUACCUACUCUGUCGACAACGUCACGGUACACAACGAGGACGGCACCUGCAUCGUUGCCGACCACGCCAUCUGCACUUUUUCGUUGGGUGUCUUGCAGAAGGAGGUGGUCAACUUUUCGCCGGAACUGCCGCUCUGGAAACGGACUGCAAUUCAGUCUAUGACCAUGGGAACCUACACGAAAAUCUUCAUGCAAUUCAAGCCAGAGGAUAUCUUCUGGGAUAGGAAGACUCAGUUCUUCCUCUACGCUGAUCCGGUGCAGCGGGGCUACUAUCCAUACUUCCAGUCCUUAGACCACAAAAAGUUUGUGAAUGGCUCCGGCAUCAUCUUCGUCACUGUCAUCGACCAACAAUCUUACGCUAUCAUGAAAGUCUUGAAGGACAUGUUCCAAAAGGAAAUUCCUGAACCCGUUGACUUCUACCACCACAACUGGACUCGCGAGCCUUGGGCGUACGGAUCUUACUCGAACUGGCCGCCGGCUCUGACGUUGGAGAUGCACCAGAACAUCCGCGCUAAUAUCGGCAACUUGUGGUUCGCUGGCGAGGCUACUCAUCCGCAAUAUUUUGGGUUCUUGAAGGGUGCAUACUACGAGGGGAAGAAUGCGGGCGAGGCGGUUGCUGGGUGCAUCAAGAACAAGGAUGACUGUAUCAACCUGAGGGCGGUGGCGUACGAUGUGUUGAAUGGAACGACCAGCACUGACAAGUACACAAAAGUCAACGGAUGGAGUACUAAGACGUUUGUAAAAGAACUUGGCAUAAACAUCAAGAGUUGA